AUGGCGCCGCUCAGUUCCGACGAGCUGAAAACUGUUGUUUCCGUCCUUGCGCAGAAACUCGAUUCCUUAAAUAUCGACUAUGCCAUCAUGGGGGGCGCUGCGACUUGUCUGCUGAGUGGAGACCCAAAUCGAAGGACCGAAGACGUCGACCUCGUGAUCCAUGUUGACCACCGCAAGAUUACCGCAGACAACCUUACAACUCAGCUUCUCAAAUCCUUCCCGUCCGACUUUGAAGGAGUCAGCCAAUUUGGGCACACCAUUCCCGCAUACAAACUGCGCCGACCAGGAGGUACCGUUCAGUUGGUGGAACUGGAAGUAUUUGACUACCAAAGCUGGCCGCAACGUCCCCAAUACGAUCUUCAGACUGCUACACGGACGACGUUGAAUAUCAACGGUCAGAAGGUCAAACUCUUCAGCCCUGAAUGGAUCCUGCGUGAAAAGAUCCUGUCCCAGUAUCAGCGCCAAGGUAGUCGCAAAGAAGGAACCGAUAUUCGUGAUAUCAUUAGUAUGAUCCCUUUGGCUGUGCCGGGCAAACCAGAGCUCAACUUCAACCAAAGCCAAGAGUUGCAAACUGCAUUGGCAAAUCUUGUGCAAAAGAGGCCAGAUUUGAGUUCAGCUUUGAAGGCCAAGAUCAAAUGCAGCGCUGUCUUCCACAACUAG